AUGUCUGUAUCGUAUUCCGUAGGCGAUGCUGACUAUCCUACAACUAUUACAGUUCUCGGCGCUGGAUGCGAGGUGGGUAGGUCAUGCGUAUUUGCCGAAAGAGGAAAUGACUGUGUUAUGUUCGAUUGCGGCUUGCAUCCAGCUCUAUCUGGAGUUGGAGCACUGCCCGUAUUCGAGGCGGUAGACAUUACAAAAGUAAAAGUAUGCCUAGUUACACAUUUUCACCUUGACCAUUGUGGAGCUAUUCCAUAUCUCUUAUCCAAAACCGGUUUCAAGGGUAAGAUUCUGAUGACAUGUGCAACAAAGGCUAUAUGUCACUUGUUAUGGACAGAUUAUGCACGUAUGGAACAAUUAUGCAGUGUAAAGAAGAUAUUUGACCAUACAGAUAAAUUGAAUCCCGAUGGAACAUCAAAUGAAGAAGAUGAAGAUGUUGUUGAUGAGCUUGUUUGUGGCUCAGGAUUAUAUUCUUUUGAAGAUGUAGAAUAUGCUCUUAACCAUAUUGAAACAAUAGACUUUCAUGAGGAACGCUCCUUUGAUGGAAUAAAAAUCUCAUGUUAUAGAGCUGGUCAUGUUUUGGGUGCAUGUAUGUUUCUAGUAGAAAUGGACGGUGUAAGAAUCCUUUAUACAGGUGAUUAUUCAACAGAGUAUGAUAGACAUCUUCCAAGCGCUGAAAUUCCAAAUAUCAAUGUGCACCUAUUAAUUAGUGAAAGUACAUAUGGAAUUCGCAUUCAUGAAGAACGUACUCAACGUGAGGCUCGUUUCUUGCACGUUGUGUUAGACAUACUUAUGAGGGAUGGAAAAUGUCUUUUACCAGUUUUUGCUUUGGGAAGAGCCCAAGAAAUACUCUUGAUAUUGGAGGAGUACUGGGCUGCAAACAAGCAGUUACAGUCGAUUCCUAUAUUCUAUAUAUCUCCCUUGGCUUCUAAAUCAUUGAGAGUAUAUGAAACAUUUAUCGGAUUAUGUGGCGAGUACGUCAAGGAAAGCGUUUAUAAUGGUCACAAUCCCUUCAACUUCAAAUUUGUAAAAUAUGCAAAAUCUGUUGAAUCGAUACGCACAUAUCUGCUCAGAGAUGGUCCUUGUGUUGUUAUGACAUCUCCCGGUAUGUUACAAGGAGGACCGUCACUAGAAGUUUUUGAAAUUUUUGCUCCAGAUAAUCGCAAUGGUGUAAUUUUAACUGGUUACACUGUAAAGGGCACAUUAGCUGAUGCACUAAAAAAAGAUCCAGAAGUUCUCAAUCUCGGAAGUAGGGUUAUUAAGCGCCGAUGUACGAUAGAACAAAUUUCAUUUAGUGCUCAUACCGAUUAUAACCAGACAAAAGAUUUUAUUCGCCGUUUGUGUGUUCCAAACGUGAUUCUAGUACAUGGAGAAAGAUCUGAAAUGAAGAGAAUGAGAGAUAAACUUUCUGAGGAGAUGCCUGAAUUGUCGAUUUUUAUGCCUGAAGUAUUGCAAGUUGUUUCGCUCAACUUUUCUCAAAAUCGCUUUGUGAAUACAGUUGGUAAAUUGGCAUCAGAUCUACGCAAUCUCAGUACAAGUGGUUACAGCAAGGAAACUGGAGUAUCGAGUUCUGACCUUGUUUCUAGUGUUGUGGUGUAUGAUAAUUAUGUACCAAAAAUGAUGUAUUCUUCGGAUGUGGAAAGUUACGGAAAUAUGGAUGUCUCGUUUUUGACCCAAAGAAUGAAAAUAAAUUUCCCCUUUAAACUGGAUGAUUUGAAGAGUGCCCUUCUAUCCAUUUAUGAUGAUGUUAAAAGUGUGUCAAAGAGCGAAAUUGAUGUUUGUAACUUGGUUAGGGUCUCUCACGUCGAUGAAAAUAUCAUUUUAGAAUGGACGGCCAGCCCAGUUGCCGAUUUGAUUGCAGAUAGUAUAAAUGUUUUGGCAAUAGAGAUAAUUUCAGAUCGUAAAGGUACCCUUGAAGAACUCGAAGUAGUGAAAAGCAUGAAUGAUGCAUCAAUAUCUAAUAAGGUUAUAGAAAUGCAGCUGAUUCAGAAAUUUGGAAAUCCCGUUCAAGUAAAGGCAGAAAGUAAAAAGUCGGGAAAAAAGCUACAUUUUUCAGUUUCGGAUCCACAAGAUGAAAAUUCUGUAAUUGACCUUGUUGUUGACUUUAAAGGGAUGGAGGUCACCUGUGGUAAUGAUGAAUACAGAAAUAUAGCGAUGAAAAUUAUUCAAAGUGUUAAAGAUUCUCUACAACCAAUAACAAUUUAG